AUGGAAAUCAUUACGGAGAGGUUCUACUCGAACCUUUUCCGUUCAUCAACUCCUGUGUCAAAUCCGAUCAUCCCCAAUGGUGAAGCUCCACCACGGAUUCUCCCUUUCGAAGUACGAGUCGCUAUCAAGAGCAUGAAACCUGGCACAGCUCCCGUACCUGAUUUCAUAUCAGCAGAUUUUCUUCGGGCUGGGGGUCAUCCACUGCAUGUAAUCUUAGCAGCACACAUGGCAUCCUUCCUUCAGAAAGAAAGGAUCCUAGACCAAGAACUGGAAGAACUCGCGACGCUCGAUGAAACCCAGCCUCAAGAACAAGCCGAAUUCCGUCAGGUGUUCAGCUGCUUGGAUCACACUCAGUCCGUGUCGAGGGUCAUAGAGGUUUUCCGGGAAUGCCGCCUGCACCUUGUUGUAACCUUCGUCGACUAUGAGAAAGCCUUCGACAGCGUAGAAACGAAUGCAAUACUGUCAACGCUGGUUGAUCGAGGUGUGGACGCUUCAUGA